AUGUCUUUGACUAGAAGAAAUUAUGGAAGAAAUUAUUCUAAUAACAUUGGUACUAUUGAUUAUGUUGAAGGAUAUUCUGAUGGUGUAGGAUUCGCUGGAGUUCAAGUCCGUGAAGGAAAUAGUGAAUCAACUGCUGUAGUGGUAACUGAUGGGAAUACAACUUAUUUUCGUUAUACUGAAGAACCAGUUUAUAAUUAUCCAUCUCAAUCAAGUUAUCGCUAUCCUUCUCAACCAAGUUAUCAAUAUAAUUCUAAAGAAUCAGCUCAUUCUCGUUGUUACUUUGCAGGAACAUUCACAGGGACCUUUGCAGUGACAUUUGCAGUGACAUUCACUGUGACUCUCACAGGACUUCUGCAAGAACUUUUCUAG